AUGCGUGCGGUUGACACCAACCGCAGACUAAUGCGGUUCAGCGGUGCAUCGCUAAAGCCCCACGCCCCACGCCCUUGUUCCAACACUAGUGCUUUGUGUUAUCGAUUGUUCGAUAGUAAAGCUGCCUCCCUCGGGUGCCCUACCAAAGUCUCCAUCCGCUCACGGUUCCCUCUGCCAAGGCUUGUCUACUUCCUUUCCCGGAAAAACCCUUUCCCCGGAAAAAAUAGUUCUUCCGCUCCCCCGCUGUGGUUUUCCCGCCAAGCCGGCCGUCCCCACCCCCUUUUUUUUUUCCGGCUUGGCCGGAAUCAAAAAAAAUUUGUUCCGGCCAUCUCUCCACUCGAUCAUGCGCAGGCGCGGGGAAACGGAGAGAGCAGAGCAGGAUCGAGCUGGCAGAGACUCAAAGGAAAAAGUAUAAAAGCAAAGGCAUCGGAACGUAUUUUGGGAAUAUGCAAUUGGUAUUGUUUUAGGGACUUUCACAUCUAUAGCUUUUCCUGUCCAUCAAUCAGAUCUGAUUCUCGUUUGUAA